AUGGAAGAAGGUUCAAGCGUUCCUGAGAGUGAUAAUUCCCGCGAGAUUUAUGUUGAGGGUGUGGAUCCCCAACCACCUGCGGGUGUGUCUCGUCAGGAAAUUACCGAGACAGUGAAUAUCUUGGUGAGUGACAGAUCAAGUGUAGGCGCUUAUACACUUGAUCUGGUUAUACUCCCGAAGUCAGCUUCAGAGGUGGUCAAGUUGCCAACGCUAGAAUCUGAACGUUUCUUGCGAGUUUUGCGUAGUGACAAGAUCAAUAAGAUCUACGUACUCGUCACAGAGGACGAGUACAUCGCCGAUAUUCGGUCGGCGCAAGUGUUUGCUGAGAAAUAA